AUCUCGAACAACUUACUGAGUCCAAAACACCACACUAUUUUAAACGAUGGGUUUUUUUCCAAGUGGUGGUAAUAGGUCCAGGUCCUCCGACGGGGGGUCUACGGGAUCAAGAGCCGCCUCUGUUGUCUUUCGGCUCAUGCAGCUCAUCUCUGCCGCCAUCGUCGCUGGAUUGUUGGGCCGCUAUCUCCACAACGUCCACGAGGGAGGUGGCUUCAAUAACCGUCGAAUCAUAUAUGCGAUCUCCAUUGCUGGCAUCGCCAUAUUCUUCUCGUUACUCUUCAUGCUACCUCUCAAGUACCAAUUCUACGCCUUCCCUUUCGACUUCAUUAUGUUUAUCUUGUGGAUGGUUGCCUUUGGACUUCUUGUAAAUCUUGGAAGCUCAGGCUGUAACUCGAGCUGGUACAGAACCAGCUGGAGUUGGGCAUGGGGAAGAUGGUAUCGACAAACUGCAGGGACAUUUAAUCGCUUUACGGGCGCUGGAUGUAGCAGCUGGAGAGCAACUCUUGCAUUUAGUUUCAUCGGGGGAAUCUUCUGGCUUCUCAGCUUCCUACUGGGCCUUUACUUUUUGACGAAGCACCGCUCCCGCCGUGAAGUCCACGAGGAGGCCCCAAGAAUCAGGAGACAGGAAGACACCCAUGUCAACAGCGGCAUAGCCCCCGUUUACCACGAGAACCGCAACCAAACCAGAGAGUACCGAACCACACCAGCGGAAACUAUUCAGUCCCGAACCGAGCCUGCUGCAACAUAUGUCCAGCCACCGCAGACUCAGGGCACGGCGGCGACAACAUAUUCCCAGCCGCAGUACACGACGACCCAGGAAUAUGCGACGCACCAAUAUCCUACACAGCAGUACGAAAGCACGCCGGAAACAAUAGUUGGCCAGACAGCACAAGAUGUACUUUCCAACUAGCGCGGAAACAUCGAGUAGGUUGGCGAUUGGGGUUUUGCGGAAAUGACGGUUAAAUGGAAAUAUGGGAGGGAUGCGAGGAAUGGAAAAAGGGCGGGAGACUUCCGAAGACUCAUCUGUCGAAGGGGGGGUAUACCGUCGAGCAGUCUG